AUGUUUUCUCAUCCUCUCUUUCUCUUCUUAUCUUUUCUUCUUUUUUUCUCUCAUCAUCUUUACUUAUCUUCUUUAUUUUAUCUCUCUUUUUUCAUCUUCUCUUUUCUGCUUUCUCAUUUUUUUUCGAAUGUUGUCUCUCUUUUUCUCUUCUUAUUCUUCUUUACUCUUUCUGUUCUUUCGUCUUUAAUCUCCUUCUCCUCCUUUCCCUUUGGAUCCAUACUCAAUGUCGUUUUUGUUUUCAUUUUAACUGAAACUUGGCUUUUGCUUACGUAUUUUCCAUGUUUCAAUAAAUUCCUCUUUAUACACCAUCUACCACCCCCUCUUCCACCCCCUCUCCCUCUCACUCUUCCAACUCUUUUUUCACCCCCUCUUUAUAAACCCUCUUCCAUCUCCUCUUCCACCCUCUUUAUAUUCCCACUUCAACGCUCUCUUCCACACCGCCUUUAUACCCCCUCUCUCCAUCUCCUCUUCCACCCCUCUUCCAUCUCCUCUUUAUAUCCCACUUCCACCCACCUCUGCCACCCUCUCUUCCACCUCCUCUUUAUAACCCCUCUUCAUUUUAUACGCAUUCUUCCACACCCCUCUUUCACCUCAUCCACUCCCUCUUCCAACUUCUCUUUCACCCUUGCAUCCACCCCUCAAUGUACCCCAUCUUCUUCCACUCCUCUUCCACACCUUCUUCCAUCCCCGCUUCUGUUUUCUUUCCGUUUUCUUUCUAUGCCCCCCCCCACCGACUUUCUCUUCCUGCUAACUCUUUUUCCGUUUCUCUCUGAUUUGUUUUCCAUUUUCUCUCUAACAUUCUUCACCAUAAUUUUCUUUUAA